AUGCCGCGCAAAUACCUUGGGGGCUCCGGGGAGCCGUUGACAGUCUGGAUAUCGAUCGCAGCGAGUACAGUGCUCAUCUUCUACGGUUACGAUCAAGGCGUUUUCGGAAAUGUUAUCAUAUCGGAGAACUUUCUGCAUACCUUCGGGUAUCCGUCCGCCAACAUGCAGGGCAUCAUGACAUCCAUAUACAACAUCGGAUGCUUUAUCGGGGCUAUGAGCACCAUAUGGACGGGUGAUAUCCUCGGACGACCAAGACAAAUUCUUUUCGGCUCUACAGUAAUUGGCAUUGGCGCUAUUAUUCAGUCGUGUAGCUCGACCGUCGCGACCAUGAUGGCUGGACGCGUUGUGGCUGGACUUGGGACUGGUAUGAACACGGCAACAGCUGGUGUCUGGCAAGCCGAGACUAGCAAAAUGAGCAGUCGAGGCAAGCUUGUCAUUAUUCAGAUGGCCAACUGCAUCACUGGUUUCAGUAUAUCGAACUGGCUCACGCUUGGUUUAUCUUUUGCACCGCGCGACAUCGCAUGGCGUUUCCCCCUAGCUUUUCAACUCUUUUUUACCCUGUGCAUCUAUGCCACCUGCCCUUUUCUCCCAGAUUCGCCUCGUCUUCUCAUACGAAAGGGCAAGCAUGAAGAAGCACUAGAGGUUCUCUCGGCGCUCGAAGGCCACGGAGCAACACCUGAGUCAGCUUCGGUCGUCACGCAGUACAACAUCAUCAAGGACAUUCUGGACCGCGAACACAUGAACACAUACACUUGGAUGCAGCUGCUUACCGGAAAAGGACCGAGCGGCGUAUUGCGACGCAUGCUCUUGGGUGCAUGGAUGCAGGCAAUGAACCAGAUCUCGGGGAUCAAUGUGACAUCCUACUACAUGUCGUACAUCUUCAUAAACUCACUCGGAAUUAGCGAGCUCCUUUCACGCAUCCUGGCUGCCGCGGGCUCGGUCGACUAUCUCAUCUUCGCCUGUUUGGCAUACUUCGUCGUUGAGCGAUAUGGCCGCCGAAAGGUCAUGAUGGUUUCCGCUGCGGCAUGCUCAAUUUGCUGGAUUGUUAUUGCUACUUCACAGGGCGAAACGGAGAAGGGCGGAGACUCCAAAAAGCUCGGCAUUGUCGCCGUGUCGUUCUUCUUCGUGUUUUUCGCCAGUUUCGGCAUGGGCGUGCUGGGAGUACCGUGGCUGUACCCGACUGAGAUCAACGCUCUUGAGAUGCGAACAAAAGGCGCUUCGCUUGCGAUGGCAACAAACUGGAUUUGCAAUUAUGGUGUCGUACAGGCCACUUUGCCAGGCAUUCAAAACCUCGGAUACAAGUUCUGGAUCAUAUGGGCAGUCAUCUGCUUCAGCUUCAUCCCCAUCACGUACUUUCUCUACCCGGAGACAGCGAAUCGUACAUUGGAAGACAUUGAUCGAUUUUUCGAAACCAAGCCCGGUCUACUUAUCCAUCACAAUAAGCUAGCCGUUCAGCUACAUCGUCCUGUGGAGUUCAUCGAAGCCGAUGCACGGAUUGCUGCACAUGAGGAAACUAAGUCUAGGAAGAUUAGUAAGAAACCUAGCACAGAACAUGCCGAGAUGAAAGAAACAGUCUGA